CAGAAUUCUAAUCCCACAGUCGUCUUCUACAACUCGACUUGGAGUGCCAGAUCAUGGGCUUGAGUGCACGGGAUAUUGCAUUUAUCAUUGCCCUUUGUGGUGUCACAACUCUGAAUGUUUUCCUCAUCGGCGCUGUUACAGUUGCACUUCCCACUAUUGGAAGAGACCUUAAUUUCCGAGAGGGUAAUCUUUACUGGCCGGUCAAUGUGAAUUCUUUGUCAUUUGGAGGCUUACUUUUAUUCUGCGGAAGACUGGGGGACAUAUUUGGAAACCGCUUCAUGUUCCUAGUUGGGUCUCUAUGGUUCGCGAUUUGGAGUCUCGCCAUGGCCUUUGUUCCAAGUUCAGAUGUUUUCAUCGUAGAUAUGGCACUCCUGGGAAUAGGAUCGGCCGCCAACACUCCCGCUGCAAUCGGAUUAUGUUCGUCAUACUUUCCACCAGGAGCAAACAGGAGCAAGGCCUUCAGCGCACUGGGUGUUGGAUCACCUGUGGGUUUUGUUCUGGGCAUCAUUGCUAGUGAGUUUUGCGUAGCAACAUUUCCGAUAGACAAUUCAUUCAACUUUGCAGGCGGUCUUUUGACUGAAAGUCGCGCCACAUGGCGUUCAUUGUUCUGCAUUCAAGCCGCCAGAAGUCUUGAUGGUUGGUUUCCGAGCAGCUGCGUGGACUUGUUUCGCAUCGACACUGUUGGGCAUUGUCAUCGUCAUCUUUGGGUUGAGAGACCUGGGUAUUACCGGCACAAAAGCGAGGACGCGGAACAAUCAGACAAUCCCACUUUGAAGUCGGGCCAGAGUGACUCGGAAUCGCUCAAGUGAAAAGGAGCAUCAUUGUUUCGCCCAAGGCCGACGAAUUGUUGUGGGAUCUCCUUUGUUUUGUACAGUAUCAAAUAGACGGCGAUCUGCGUUUUGACAGAGUAUCAGUUAUGUACCACACUAGACUAGAAAUCCCCAGCUAUGUAUCUAUAUAAGUAUACUUGCUGCUAAAAGUGUGAUGUGCUGUUUGACACGAGUAAACUCAAACAGUGACACUCACUCAUACCUGGAGUACUGUUAUUACUGUAGCGGCUCGGUACCGACGGUAGGACAAGCUCGAGCGCCGUAGCGUACGUCAAAGAAGGCCUAGCUAAGGAUGCAAUUCAUUAUGACCGUACCUUGAACGGCUUCCUCAGUCAGGUCCUAGAUGAAUGCAAGAUCAGCAUGCCACUUUGGUCAGGGUAAACGAAUCUCGAGUUCUUAGCAGUGCAAAGGAGGGUAAUUCUUUAAGCCGCGUAUACUUCUCUUGACAGAGCUGGCAUCGACCUAAGGGAGCGUGAU